AUGGCGAGCAGUCUUUUAAUCUUUAUAGUGCAAAUGUAUCCAGCUUGUAUGAUGCUAAGCGGCCGGUUGACGACGAUCAGUAGGCACGUUCCCGCCCACAGCCGCCAAGAUGGAUACGUGCCCCUCCCCACUGGCUGCUGGCCGGUGAGGCUCGUCCUCGUCAACUACACCGACUUCACCCCACCCUCCCUAAUCCCACCAUCUGCCAAUCCCCUUCCUCCCAUCAUCACCACCACCUCGCGGCCCACAGCGUUCCUGACCAACCUUCCCCGCGAAAUGCUCGAUCGAGUGGUGUGCCACCUCGAUCGGUCGGACGUACGAUCACUUGCCCUUGUCGCCCCUGCCCGCAUCUCCCCCGCCCUCGACCUCUCAGCACGACGGGGACUUUGCCGCCUACUCAACCUCUCCAUCAACCCUUACUAUGGGUACUCCCCUUCCAUCGAGCCUGAGCUCUCUCCAGAGGCCGAGUACGAAACUUAUCGCGCGCAGAUCGAAAGCACGGAGCAGAUACACCAGGCGGGAGUUUGUGCAAGAGUCCUCGAGGUCGCGCGUCAGGUGGAGGAUGCGCAGGGUUGGAGCGCCGUCGAGGAGAUCAGGAUGGUCCCUCGGCCCGGCGCAGUGGCUGCCAUGGUAGAGAUACUCGGGCGAGCCGGCUUCCUGCGGAAGCUGGCGAUCAGUCACCCGCAAGACGACGAUUGGGAAAGACGGAAGGGGCCAGCGGACAUGGCCGAUUUGGCCUGUAUCGAUCUACCCUGGCUCCUGGCCGGCCUCAACUUCCCUUCUCUCACCCACGUCCACGUCGAACGCGCCUCAUACAAGUACCCCGGCUUCAUUCCCCUCCUCGUCAACUCGGCUCCCUAUCUCAACUCGCUCGAUGCGACUAUCGCGCUCAACGUUGCACACUCCGCGCCGGACCAACUGGACCCUACAUCAUUCCCUGGCUUCGUCGCCGAUGACACCCAAAUCACCACCCUCCGACUCCACCUUUUCUGCAGAUAUCUUUGGGACGACCUUCCGGAUGACCAGGCUCAUACCAUCGCCUUCGGUCUUCUCGACCGGAUACCCCUGAUUGAGAAGCUCUGCAUCGACUACGAUUACAUAGACAUCGGACUCGCAGAACGCAUCUGGCAGAUGGCCUCUCAGUAUCGUCACUUGACGGAUCUCAUAUGGGGUGCGGAGGGAUACUACCGAGGUAGUUGGCCCUCCUUCAACAAACUCGAAAUCGUCCUCUUUUCCUACCCCUGGUGGGCUCAUUCGCAGGAGGCAAAUCGGCCGAUCGAAGUCAACGUCGAUGACUUCUUCGCCGCUCAUUCAAUGAUCCCCAGUUUGGCCUCGCGGCUUCGGCAGUGUCCUCUCCUGCACACGCUCAUACUGGACUGGCAGGAAGGGGACCGGGAUGCAGCCAGUUAUCAUCUGCGGCUGCUGACCGAGAUGGAGCACCGCCCGAAGCUUGGCUCCGGCUCGGCCCGGUCGUAUCGACAUGGAGCGUCGGAGCUGCUUCACGUCCAUUCACAGACAAAUCGAUACGAAAUUGCGGACCAUCCUGCGUCGGCCUCCAGCGGGAGGCUCUGCCGCGAGCACGAAGAGUGCGUGAACUAUCCGACCGAAGAUGGGACUGAGUACUGCAAAGUCUUCGGCAGCUCGGACGAGACCGUCGUUCAGGACUGGACUGACUUCGACGGUCUAGUCGUCCCUCUGUUGAUCAUCCAGGAGAUGAAGGAGGCGGAGGGUGCUGGUGUAGAAUGGGAGAAUCGAGGUGUAGAGGUUGGGGAGGCGGGCUGGAUAAUCCUUCUGCAGUGGCAGGAGAUGGAGAUGGCGCGGCUGGAGCUGGCGGAGGAAGACGCAGCCGAGCAGGCGGAGGGUGACGAGGAGGGGGACAGUGAAGAGGAUGAGAGCGAGGAGGAUGAGAGUGAGGAGGAGGAAAGUGAGGAGGAGGAAAGUGAGGAGGAGGAAAGUGAGGAGGAGUAG